AUGAAGCCAGUAACUAAGAAUAUAUUGAUCGGAUUAAGUGUUGCAAUCACUAUUGUACUCAUUCUCCUUAUUGUUCUUUUUGUUGUUGUAUAUGUUAAGUCAGUGCUAGAACGGAAUGAAGAGCACACCAAAUUAGGUCACUGUGUGCCUCUGAUUGAUUCGGCGCUUGAACUAGAAAGUGACAUGAAUGUGACGCAAGGAUUUUUGAUGAAUCCCAAAGAAUACAAGACGUUGUCUCAGAAAUGCGACGAUGCUAUUAAAUGCGUUGGUAAAAUUGAAUCGUUUGUAUCAGCGGAUGUACUUCAUACAUUUUCAUCUUGCCAGUUCUAUGUGUUUUAUAAUAGAGAGUUUUCGCCCUGUGCGGAAAAGCUGAUCGCCAAGAAAGAAGAAAAUAGGUCAUGCUUGAAGACUUUGUUUGAUGGUAGUGUUGAAAUAAACAACAAUAGGUGCAAACAGUGGACGGAAAUCCAAGAAUGCAUACGAACGCAAAUUGGAAUCACUUGCGGUGACGAUAUGACGAAGCGUUAUAAGGAGGAGGCCGCCAAUCUGCGUUCAUCGAUUUGCAUUGGAGAAUAA